AUGUCGGAAGAAGGUGUAGACUAUUUUACUUUGUUUAAAGAAGUUUUUGAUCCUAAAAACAGAGGAUUCAUAGUUCCAGCUGAAAUUGAGGCUUCAUUAAUUGCCAAUGGAUACUUAGAUGAGAAAAACUCAGUUAUGGACUUGAUAGGUUAUCUAGAUGCUGACGAAAAUGGGCGAAUUGGUGUUGAAGAAGUUGAAGCUUUACUUCACCCAGACUUCGUCAAGCUAGAAGAGCCUAGCAAUAUCGAAGAUGUGUUUGUUAACUUUGACAAAGACGAAGACCAGCUAAUUUCAGUUGACGACUUAAGAACUACCAGUGAAUCGCUCGGCUUUCCUUUAAGUUACCGUCAAGCAGUCCUCAUGAUCCAAGCGUUCGAUUCUGACAAUGAUGGAAAAGUCAACCUUCAAGAAUUUUCAUCAAUAUUCCAGACAGCUUAA